CAUACGACACAAGUCGUCGUCGCCCCAUUGCCAUUAUCCAACGAAAAAGUUCUGAAAACCCUAGCUCCCUUCAGUUCCCGCUGCACAGUCUCAGCAGUCGCCAGCUUGCUGAAGAGAAUAGAUUCUACACCAAGAACUUCAAUGGGGAUUUGAUCUGGUAACAGGAAGCAAAAGCAAGAACGCCGAGAGACCACACGUCCGCACCAAGUCCGGCCUCAAGCUUCUCGUCAAGAUGAAAAACAAAAAGUUGAAGACUGCUGCAACUUCCAAUUCUAGCAUUGAUCUGAAGUCCAUAAUUCAUCAGCAUGCUCUGUUUUUUGACAAGUUAGUGGAGCUAAUCCCUGCAAGGUUCUAUUUACCCAAUGAUGAAAAGGAGAAACCUUGGUUUCAGGGCCUUAGCAAGACUGAGAAGGUUUUGGCUAAGAAGGAAUCGAAAGAAAACCUUAAGAAAGCCCGAAGAGAUCGCAUGGAUCCGGAAAAGUCUUCCAAAUCAACCCUUGAUUUGCUCAAGCAAAGCUUGGAAAAGAGCAAGUUAAAUGAUGAAAGUGAUGAUGAUAACGAAAUGGAUGUCAAGCCAAUGACAUCUGGGAUGGAUGGUGAUGAUCCGUCAGUGACAUAUGAAGAACUUCGACAACGUCUCCAUCGAAAGAUUGAAGAGUUCCGAUCAAAUAGAAAUACAGGAUGCUCAAAUAGGGAAAAGAAGAGGAGUGAAAGAAAUGAAAGGAGGGAGCUUGUUCAAAAGAAACGCAAGAAAGAGAAUGGGCCUGAGGAAAAGAAAUCAGCAAAUUACCACUCAACAGAUGAAGUGGAGAAGAAUGUAGUUGAAGCCUCUAAAGAACUUGCCUUCAGUCAUGUCAAACUCGGGACUGAAGAAGAGCAUGGGAAGAAAAAGAAGAGAAAGCUCUCCAAGUUGGAGGAGCUGGAACGUGCUAAAAAGUUGGAUGAAGCAAAGAAAGAUCCUGAGAAGGGCGAAACAAUCUCGAAGAAGCAUUCUUGGAAAGCGGCAACAAGUAGAGCUGCUGGGAUUAAGGUUCAUGAUGAUCCAAAACUCCUGAUGAAGAGCUUGAAGAAGGAAAAGAAACAGCAGCUGAAGAAUGUUGAGAAAUGGAAAGAGAGGAUUGAAACCACCCAGAAGAUGAAAGCAGAAAGACAACAAAAGAGGUCAGAAAACAUAUCACAGAAAAUUCAUGAUAAGAAGAUGAAACGAAUUGCAAAGAGGGAGAAGAAACUUAUGCGCCCUGGGUUCGAAGGUCGCAAGGAAGGUUUCAUUAACGAAGGCAGGUUUCAUUAACGAAGGCGCAACAUAAAGUGAAGCUGGUUUUACCUUUUCAUUGCAAUUGCAUCCCCGGUUUGCUCUCAUAGCUUUGAGGAAAUGCUACUAAACAUGUGUUUCUUUAUCAGUAAAAACAAUAGAGAAUGAAAAGCAAGAAAUAGAAUAGCUAUCAAAUAUCUGGUGUUUUUCACUCCAAAAAGAACGAAGACUGAGAAGCCAAAAAGGAUGAAACAGAGGUAUUACCAAGUAUUUGUGCCGUCUCUCUCUAAAAUAUAGAUUUCCGUCGAUCAAACUACAAAUAUGAAGACAUUUGUCUUCGGAUCUUCAAUGCUUUAACCUUGUCCAUAAAGACUUCUUAGAAAAACUUUCAGAAGAUUAUUUUUCAA